GCACGGAACAUGGACAGAAGUGCGAUCAUUUUUUAUUAACCUGCGUCUAGCUUCGGUCGCGUAGUGAUACCGAAACUACCCCGAGGGGAACAUUGAUCAAGUGCGAUUACUUUGCCGCGAUACGAGUUCUGCUUGACAAUUUUCACGUCGUCGAAACGAAGAUCAGUGAUAGAUAAAUAUAAAUACUCGGAGUAACUUCAAUUUCGAUUACUUCGCGUGAAUAAAUCGCAAAAGAUCGACGGAGUGAGUGGAGGAACGUACCUGGACCGGUCGAAAGUACGAAACGCAAUUCUACAAAAGGCGCCAUGAGUCUCGUUAGACAGAACUUUCACGAGGAAUGCGAGAAAGCUCUCAACCAGCAAAUCAAUCUGGAACUGUACGCCAGUUACGUCUACUUAUCUAUGGCGUAUUAUUUCGACAGAAGUGACGUCGCGCUAGAAGGUCUUUACAAAUAUUUCAAAAAUGCUUCUGACGAAGAAAGAGAACACGCUAUGAAAUUUAUGACUUACCAAAACAAAAGGGGUGGAUGUAUCACGCUAACAACCAUAGAUUGCCCGCCAAAGAAUGACUGGAUUAGCGCCAAGGAUGCUAUGACGGAAGCGUUGGAGCUGGAAAAAAAAGUUAACGAGCGACUUUUGGAGUUGCAUGCACUAGCAUCGGUGCACAACGACCCAAAUUUCUUAGAUUUCCUGGAAACUGAGUACUUACAAGAACAAGUGGAUGCUAUUAAAGAAAUAGCCGAUCAUAUAACAAAUUUAGAAAGAGUUGGGGAAGGUCUAGGCGUGUAUGUCUUCGAUAAAGAACUUAGAGAUUAACCCUUUGCACUCCAAGCGAUUUUGUUGCAGAAUGUGCUACGAUGAAUCAUGAAUUAAAGAAUGUAGUGCCUUUGAAAAUCUUGGGCUCGAGAAAAUUUAUCUUAUCUGAUCUCUACCAAAAAGUUCUCUGAACUUCUAACGUCCCCUCAGAGGGGACAUCCGAGUGCAAAGAGUUAAAACCUUUUUUGUAAACGCAAUAUUAUUGACCCAAAAACAAUUAAACAUACUGUGCACUAGCAGAUCCUAUAUGGAUGACUGAAUGCGUAAAAAAAAUCAAAGAAUACAGUAUAUAAUAUUAACCUGAUACCUAUGUAUUAACCUAAAAAAAAUUGCCAAAUUCUACUUCGUAAUAUUAAAUACUUCCUAGAUAAAACUAACGAAUUAUAACAGGAUGUCAAUUUCAAAUUAAAUCCGUACUUUCGAAUAUCGUAGCAAGUAUGACAAGUGCAAUGUAUUACACAACAUUUUUCGAACUUUAUUUGUGUAAACAUUAAUAAAUAUUAAUGCUUGAUGUUUA